AUGACAUCUCCCGAUAAUGCCACGACUCCCGAGCCAACGGCGCCUUCGCCGCUGAGGAUGCCAAAGCAGCGAGCACCUCCAGAUGCCCAGUCAAUAGCAUCUUCAGUAUCUACAUUACCUUACCGAGCUUCGAAUGCCUCCGUAUCUUCCCUUUUCGCCUCGACCUCCACUCCAACUGGGUCAAGGUCGGCUUCUCCCAGCGGAGCACGACCCACACCAUCGCGUAUGCCUUCGAGCUCUGUAUUUGGAGGUACGCCGGGGGAGGGGCAACAACUUCCACCAUCAGAGUAUUCAGAUGAUCCCAGAAAUCUGAUAUUACAAGCAUUUGUUCCCCAUAUCGCGGUCCAUUCCUCGGCCGAUACAGAAGAGUUGGUGAAAGACAAAGGGUUCAAUGGAGGUCUUUGGGAGUUAUUGAGGCCGUUUGGAGAGCGAGUUCAUGGGAAAGUGACUGUGAGGGACAGUAUAGGAUCUGGAAAGACAUGGGAAGAUUAUGCUGUCCGAUUUGUUCAACUAGGUGAUGGUCUAGAGACUCCAGAAGCACGGAAGAGCCAGGAUGGCAAAGGUUCGGCCUUGAACGGAAACCCACCGGGAGGAAGUGAUCUGGCCAGCAAACGCUCGAGAACUGGAGGAAAUAUCUCUCAGAUUGAGAGCUUGGUAGACCGGCACCUGAACUACACAGAGGAAUUCCCAAACAUAAAUGCCGAAGAUUAUUUGAACUUCAAGAACGGGCAGCUUCGGAACUUGGAAUCCACUUCUCCCUUUUACACACUAUUUCUACGGAGGGUACUAUCGGGCAUCCCUCUAGCACCCCAUGAAACAUUUUCUCAUCCUGUUGCAUGUGUAAUUGCUAUCAGUUCCAGGAAUGCCAACCCCAUUGAAGCUUUACGGAAUCUCUACACAGAGUCCUCUAAUGGACCUAAAAAGCUACCUGUUUGGGUCAACAACGAGUACCUCCGUUACUAUGUUCUGGUUCACGACGAGGAAAGGGAUGAUAUCACGAAGUCCAUGACCCUGUUCGACCAGAUGAAGCGCCAUUUUGGCCUCCACUGCCAUCUCCUCCGGCUCAGGAGCAGUAAUUGCGUAGCAACAGACGAUGAUAGUGUUCAACUUCCCCGGUGUCAAUGGAUUUCGGCUUCGGAAGAAUUGGCCGAAAUUCAAGCCCGAGAAAUGCAAGAGGAUGUUGAAGAUUCCCAUCCUUGCAUUUACGAAUCGGACAUGACUGCAAUAAAGACGUUUAUUCGAGAAAUGGUCACUCAGUCAGUCAUCCCGUCAAUGGAAAGAUGCGUAUCAACUUGGAAUGACCAAGUAGCAUCGAGGCGGCGCGGUAUAAGUGGUCGAUUCAUUAGCUUGUCUAAGAAAUGGACAGGUUUUGGGGUUAGUUCACGGAAUUCUUCUGGAGCUGGUGUUGGGACAGGGUCAUCAUCGAGCAACUACGAUAUGUCACAGGGAUUCUACCGACCAGAUGCUCCGGAAGCUGUGAUGCGCAAGCUAGCAGACUACUCUUUCAUGCUUCGGGACUGGAGGCUAGCACAGUCAACAUAUGAACUACUUCGUUCCGAUUUCAAUAACGACAAGGCGUGGAAAUAUCAUGCUGCCGCCAAUGAAAUGGCUGCUAUUAGCACCUUAUUAAUUCCACAAGCAAUCAGCUCUAAAGUACGGUCCGAGACGGUUGACCGGAUGUUGGAAACUGCUUCCUACUCCUAUAUCACACGUUGUGGAGCCUCUUACGGUGCGUUGCGAUCCUUAGCGUUAGGAAUGGAGCUGCUACGGUUACGUGGCGGGUCCGCGACUGAUGAUGCGGCACGAUGGGGUUCCAAGCUGCUAGAAUAUAAAUUGGUCGGUGCCAUUGGAGAUGUACUCAUUAAGGAACGCGUUUCUGUAUGCUAUUCUUCGAAGAAAGGGCUGGGUUCAGAGUUAUGGGGAGCUAGGACUCGCAAAUCUGCGUUAUGGAGCGUGCAGGCAGCCGAUUCAUGGCUCACACUUGGAAAGCUUCAGCAAUCGAAACAGCGUCUGGAGGAAGUCAGCGAAAAAUACUCUUCGUUGCCAUACCCUGACAGUAUAUCAAAAUUUUUAUUAGCGAACGACUUCUUGCAAGGUCUACAGAGGGAGGUCCAGCUAGCUCUCUAUCCCGCGUCCGCGAUUGAGACACCAGGUGGCAUGGACUUAAUUGACACUACGAUUGGGGAAGAAAGCGAAGCCUUUGAUAGCCGCCCCCAUCGAAGGAGUUUAAUGGGUGCGACUGCGCCAGCUCUUGCAAGCCUCGGGUCAGCGCCUUUGCAUGGGACGUUGAUGGAAGGUGAGGAGGAAACAGCGCCUACUAUCCAAUUCGAAUGA